AUGGCCUCCUACCUCGGACUUCGCGGAGCGUCACUCAAUGUAGCGAUUGGAUCAGUCGCCGCAUGCUGCUUCAUACUAUUCGGCUAUGAUCAAGGCGACAUAGGAACGCUGCUCACCGUGCCAUCUUUUCUGCGCGAGUUCCCGGAAGUCGAUACGUUCAACAAUCCCGGCGUGGGCUACAAUGCCAGAAUCCAAGGUAUUAUGGUCGCCUCCUGGAACAUCGGCUGCUUUAUCAGUGCUAUACUAGCUAUAUGGCUCGGCGAUAUACUCGGCCGGCGAAAGACCAUCUUUGUAGGCCUCUUCAUUAUGGGCAUUGGCGAGAUCAUCCAGGCGUCCUCCUACAGCUUGGGACAGUUCAUCGCGGGGAGGGUCAUUGCCGGCUUUGGAAACGGAUUCAACACCUCGACUAUUCCCGCUUGGCAUGCCGAAUGUUGCAAGGCUCAUCGUAAAGGCACGGUGCUCAUGAUAUCAGCUGGUUCGAGUAUCGCGCUUGGCGUUGCCCUCUCUCAGUGGAUUGGAUUCGGCUUUGCCUACCUCGAGCCUUCUUCCGCUUCCUGGCGAGUACCAAUUGCCAUACAGCUGGUGUUGCCGGUCAUCAUCUUGGCUGUCAUCAUGCUCUUGCCUGAGUCGCCGCGUUGGCUGAUUCUCAAGGGGCGCGAGGACGAGGCGUUGAACGCACUUGCCGCCCUCAAUGACUUACCUCGUAAUGAUCCUGAAGUAUUCUCGGAGUUCAUCGCCAUCAAAGAUGCCGUCCUCCAAAUGGCAGCAGCCUCGCCAUCGGGACUGUUCAAGAUGAACGAAUACCGCGACGCACACCGAACCGUAUUGGCCUACUGCAUACAGAUCUUCCAGCAAGCCACAGGGAUCAAUCUCAUCGUGCAAUACAUUGCACUGAUCCUGCUGCAGCAGACACGGUACUCCGGCUGGGUUGCUCGACUGCUGGCGGCGUGCAACGGAACGGAAUUCUUCCUCGCCUCCUUCAUUGCCGUUGUUGGUAUUGACAGGUUCUGGGGUCGCAGGUCGCUCAUGAUGUUCGGAGCGUCCGGCAUGUGCAUAUCGAUGAUUAUCAUAACAGUAUUAAGAUUCCUGGACAACCGUGGAGAAAAUAUUGCCGCGACAGUGUUCUACUUCGUCUUCAACACGUUCUUUGCAAUUGGAUGGCAGGGCAUGGCAUGGCUCUACACGGUGGAGAUUGUCCCACUCCGCAUCCGUGGACCAGCGAAUGCCUUAAGUACCAGCGCGAACUGGAUAGUUAAUUUCAUUGUCGUUCUUAUUACACCGAUUGCCUUUAACAAUAUUGGAUACAGAACGUACAUCAUCUUUGCCGUAUUCAAUGCGGCCAUUAUCCCUCUAGUCUACUUCUUCUACCCCGAAACCGCCUACCGCUCGCUGGAGGAAGUCGACGCCAUCUUCUAUGCCGUUGCCAAAUCCCCACGACCAUGGCUCAGCGCUGUAAGCAUCGCACGCGAACAUCCGCUGUGGUACGGCAAGAACGGCGAAGGGAUGGGUGAUUACGAGCAGAGCGAGUGGCAUCAGCGCAUCCUGCAGACGCAGAAGGAGAAACCAUCCGAGGACUCUGCGUUUUCGUCCUCUUCGGGGGGUAACUAUCCUUCACCGCCAGAGCAGCGGGACGUGGGCACGGCUUUCUGA